AUGGACCCCUCUGGCAAGCUGAUCUACACGCGGAACAACGCUGUGCUCUCUGGCAACCUGCAAACGAUACAGGACGUCGCUAUCGCGGAUGGGAACCGGAUACCGCUCGCUAUCAAGGAACUGGGCACGACCGAGGUCUUCCCGACGUCGAUUACGCACUCGCCCAACGGACGCUUCGUGACCGUCGUCGGCGAUGGCGAAUACAUCGUGUAUACCGCGCUCGCGUGGCGCAACAAGGCGUUCGGCAACGGCAGCUCGUUCGCAUGGGCCGACGACUCGAACACUUACGCUGUGCUUGAGGGUCGCACGAAGGUGCGCGUAUACAAGAACUUCCGCGAGCGGACAACCGCACCUAUGAAAGGUGCGGGCUCGUGGGCUCUUGAGGGCGUGCACGGCGGUGCUCUCCUGGGUGCGCGCGGAUCAGGUUUCGUGGUCUUCUGGGAUUGGGAGACUGGUAACGUCGUUCGGAGGAUAGACGUCGACGCCAAGAACAUCUUCUGGUCUGGGACAGGCGAACUUGUUGCCGUCUGUGGUGAAGACUCCUACUACGUCCUGCGGUUUGACCGCGACGCAUACAACGCAAAGCUCGAAUCGGGCGCGGAGAUCCUCGACGAGGGUGUCGAAGAGGCAUUCGACCUGGUGGCAGAGAUACCAGAAGGUGCCAAGACCGCCAACUGGGUCGGCGACUGCUUCAUCUAUACCACGGCCUCAAAUCGCCUUAACUACUUCGUUGGUAGCGAGUCGUACACCAUUACGCCUUUCGAUCAACCAUUAUACCUUCUCGGUUACAUCCCUGCCCACAGUCGGGUAUAUCUGGGAGACAAGGACGUUAAUAUCUUCAGUUAUGCCUUGUCGCUGAGCCUGGUUGAAUACCAGACUGCUGUCCUCCGAGGAGACAUGGAUGCAGCAGAUGAGAUUCUGCCGAGCAUUCCGAAAGAGCAGCGGGCGAAGGUAGCGACCUUCCUCGAAGGCCGAGGAUUGAAGGAGCUUGCUCUCCAAGUCACGACCGAUCCCGACCAUAAAUUCGACCUCUCUCUACAGCUGGACGAUCUUGACGCCGCAGUUGAAAUUGCACGAACCGUGCCUGAGCUCGAGGCCGAGACGAAGUGGAAGGCGAUUGGUGAUCGCGCGCUCGCAGUAUGGCGCUUCGACCUCGCGCGAGAGAGCUUCGAGAAGGCAGGCGACCUCGGCUCGCUGAUGCUCCUGCUCCUGUCGAUAGGCGACCGCGAUGGCCUGGAGAAGCUCGCGCGCAAUGCGGAGGAGAAAGGCCAAAAUAACCUCGCGUUCGCGGCGCUUCUGCAGCUCGGCGCUCCCGCGGCGUGUGUCGAUCUGCUCGUGAAGACGCAGCGCGCCCCCGAGGCGGCAAUGUUUGCGCGCACGUACGUGCCAAGCAAAGUUCCAGAGGCUGUGCAAGCAUGGAAGGAUGAGCUCACCGUGAAAGGACGCGCAAAACUCGCGAGUGCCAUACCAGAUCCGAUUGAGCACCCAGAGCUAUUCGAGGAGGGUUGGAAGGAUGCCGUCGCGCGUGAGCAAGCCGCGGAAAAGCAACACCCGCCACUGCCCAUUAGUGAAUCAACGUCCACAGCGACCGUCGCUACAGAGGCUACAACGGAUGCGGAAACAGAAGAAGACUAUGUAGAUGCUUGAGCUCGCUUUAUAUUUAUUUCGUAUUCAAACUUCGCUGUAAUGGAUUGUACAUUCGCACAUGCCCGCUCUUACUGGCUGUACUCGCGCCACAGUCAACACCAGACCGGAACCCAAGUUC